AUGGAGCCUAUUGCCCGAAAGUCUGAGGUGCCCUUCGUUGACACGCAGCCGCGUGGGCAGCAUCCUGUUGCGCGCUCCCUGCUGCGCGCGGCACCUGCCGACGAGAUGCACGACUUGCUCUGCGUGGGCUUUGGUCCCGCUUCUCUUGCAAUUGGUAUCGCCCUGCACGAUGCCAUUGACCCGGCCCUCAACCGUACUGCCCCGGUCGGCUUCAAGCCCAAGGUGUGCUUUCUUGAGCGCCAGAAACAGUUUGCAUGGCACUCUGGUAUGCUGGUACCCGGCUCGCGCAUGCAAAUCUCCUUCAUCAAGGACCUUGCCACCCUCCGUGAUCCCCGUAGCAGCUUCACCUUCUUGAACUACUUGCACAAUAAGGACCGCCUUAUUCAUUUCACCAACCUGGGCACCUUCCUGCCCGCUCGUAUGGAAUUUGAGGAUUACAUGCGCUGGUGCGCUCAGCGUUUUGAGAACGUUGUCUCCUAUGGCGAGGAGGUUGUGGAGGUCGUCCCCGGCAGCAAGACGGACGGAAAGGUUGACUUCUUCAUUAUCCGCUCGCGCAACUCCGAAACUGGCCAAGUUUCCUCCCGGAGAGCGCGCAAGGUCGUCGUGGCUCUAGGUGGCACGGCCAAAAUGCCCCCCGGCUUCCCCCAGGAUCAGCGCAUCAUGCACUCGUCCAAGUAUUGCACCGUCCUCCCCACCAUUCUCAAGGACGAGACCAAGCCCUACAACAUCGCCGUUGUGGGCAGUGGCCAGAGUGCCGCCGAGAUCUUCCACGACCUCCAGCGCCGCUAUCCCAACUCCCGCACGACCAUGAUCCUCCGUGAUUCCGCUCUGCGUCCCAGUGACGACUCUCCCUUUGUCAAUGAGAUCUUCAACCCCGAGCGCGUGGACAAGUUCUUCAAGCUGCCCACGGAAGAGCGCCACAAGCGCAUUGCUACCGAAAAGGCCACCAACUACAGUGUGGUCCGCCUCGAGCUGAUCGAGGAGAUCUACAACACCAUGUAUCUGCAGCGCAUCAAGAACCCCGACCAGACCCAGUGGCAGCACCGCAUCCUGCCUGAGCGCAAGGUCGCGCGCAUCGAGCACCACAAUCUGGCCAAGCGCAUGCGCAUCCACGUCAAGUCGGUCGCAGACGAGCCCAUUGAAGGCAAAGAAAUCCUGGAAGUGGAUGCCCUCAUGGUGGCCACUGGCUAUCAGCGCGACGCGCACGAGCAGCUACUCGAGCAAGUGCGUGCCUUGCAGCCCGCCGGCCAGGCGGCUUGGGCCCCCGGCCGGGAUUACCGCGUCAGCCUUGAUGGCAGCAAGGUCAGCCAGCAUGCUGGUAUUUGGCUGCAGGGAUGUAAUGAAAAGACCCACGGACUGAGUGACAGUCUUCUGUCCAUCUUGGCAGUCCGCGGCGGCGAGAUCGUCCGCUCGGUGUUCGGAGAGCAGCUGUCGGGAGCUCUGGUGCAGGACACCCGGUUGCGCGCCAUGCUCUGA